AUGAAGGUGUACGACAACGAUUUCAACGACGUCGGGUUCGGCGCUCUCAAGAUUAUGGUGGACGGCCAGGGCACCAUUUGCGGCAACACCUGCGCGGGUGACGACUGCCAGUUGAUCGGCGACUAUCUCGACGACACCAUCGACACGUGGGACCACGCAUGCUACGAGGACGAUGAGGUCACCAGCACCUCCAGCUACUACGAUGAUGACAGAAAAACGUAUUAUAGCGGUUAUGAUGACGUCACCAGCACUUCCAGCUACAACGAUGACGACAGCAAAACGUAUAUUAGCGCUUACGAUGACGUCACCAGCACUGUUAGCGAGGACAAUGAGGCGACGACCAUGACUGUUAGCGGGGAUGAUGGCGUCACCAGCACUUCCAGUUACUACGAUAAUGACAGCAAAAUUUACAGUAGCGGUUACGAUGACGUCACCAGCACCGUGGGCGGUUACGAUGAAGUCACCAGCACUUCCAGUUACUACGAUGAUGACAGCAAAACGUAUAUUAGGGGUUACGAUGACGUCACCAGCACCGUGGACGAGGACGAUGAGCUUACGACUGUCACUGUGAGCGAGGACGAUGAGGUCACCAGCACUUCCAGCUACUACGAGGAGGCCACCAGCACUGUUAGCGAGGGCGACAAUGACUCUGGAGACGAUGAUAGCUCUGACGGUGAUUCUGAUUGCGACAGCUGUGACGGUGAAAGCUCUGACGAUGAUGUGCUUGGUCAGGGAUAUGGCUUCGCGGGGGCUAUGGCUUCGCAGUAG